AUGAUUAGAGAGAAAGAAAGCUCAAAGCAAGAAAAGGUAUUAGAACUGGAGAUCAGAGAAAAGUCAGAGCCAUCAAUGAUCACAACACCACACCCAACUAAAUCAAUGGUACCAUCGCCAGGUCUUACCGUAGAGAAGGGAGAAGAGUCAGAGUCAUCAAGUUUUGAUGGUACUUCUACAACUAGCACUACGAGUAAUGAAUUGUCGUCGCUUUUAUCAACACUAUCAGUAUCAGAAAGCUCUUCGCAGACUCGACUACCACCACCCGAAAUCAAAGAUGAUAAACCAAAUAUUAUUCCUAUCAUAUCAUCAAUGUGUGGUGAUAAAAGCAUAGAUUUCUUCUUUAAUGAACAAAAGAAGUGUUUGGUGGCUAAAGUUGAUCAAGAUGAAUUCUCAGUGGUACUUCCUCCAAUUAGAGAUCAAGAACACGUAGCAUUGUCACCGGUUCAUCGUCUUCGAAUGUUGCUGAGGAAUAGACUUGUCAGUCCCUCUAUUCAAACCUCAACCAAACAAAUUAAUUUUGUAACUGGUCCACCAAUUGAAUCUUGGGAGAUUCUGAAAACCUACCCAUUGAAGUAUGAUCACCGCCUUGUACGAUCAAACGGAACCAUUAGCUUUAGUUUUUGUAAUACUGUUAAAACUUUGGAUGUUCACAACGAUACUUGGUCGAUUCAAUCAUUUCAAACCAAUCAAAUUACAGCCAUGGCAGAGAGUCCCGAAGGAGUAUUAAUCGUGGGUGACAAUGCUGGUGUUCUUCAUCUAUCGUUGGACGAUAUGAUACAUGUGAACAAAGGGCCCAUUGAAAGGAUCACAUUUAUCAAUCAAAAUCAAGUUGUGGUUGGCCACCAAAAUUGUAUUUCGUUGGUUUCUCUUCAGUUAAAGGAAUUUAUUAGAGAGUGGACUGGCGCCAACAAGUUCUUCUGCUUAAGUAAUGGCAACAUUAUAAUACAUAGAGGAAAUAGUUUGUCCACUGUCGAAAUUAAAUUAAAUGAAUCAACAGAAACCGUUUUAUCAAAGAAUAUAGGUGGUGUUGUAUAUGCUCAUGACUCAUCUUUAUUUGUAUCAGAAGAAAAAGAUAAAACAUGCCUGUUGGACUACACGGGAGAAAGAAUACCAUUUGGUAAUGUUCCUAUUGGUAAAUUGUUUUUCAAACCUCUAGACAACAAUAGAAUUGUAUAUGCCUACGGUACAUUUGGAAUGGAAAUAUAUGAUAGAUUAAAAGAAAAACCGACCCAACACACACCUAAUAAGCAUAACUCUUGGUGUAUAAAUUGUUCAACAAUUCUAUCUGAUGGUUCAAUAAUCUAUGCAACGGAUCGACGAGAAGCAGGUAUUCAUCACAUUCAAUAUAUUGAUAAACCCGAUAUGACAUCCUCGCCCGCCGGUGCCAAUUCAAUUAGCGAACUAAAAGAAAUGGCUGAUGGUUUGGUUGUUGGUUUUUGUGGUAAUGCAUUAGUUGUUUUGCAACCAGUCAUCUUGAUGCCCAUUUCUUCAAUGUGUGGUGACAAAAUAAUAUAUUUCUUCUUUAAUGAACAAAAGAAGUGUUUAGUGGCUAAAGCUGAUCAAGAUGAAUUCACAGUAGUACUUCCUCCAAUUAGAAAUCAAAAUCACGUCGCAAUUUCACAACUUGGUCGCCUUAAAAUAUUGUUAAGGAAUAGACUUGUAAAACCAGAGAUUAAUCAAACAAACAAACAAAUUACUUUUGUAACAAGAUCACCAAUUGUAGAUUGGAAGAAACUUCACAAUCCCUCGUUAAAUUACCGGUGCUAUCUUGUACGAUUGAAUGGAACUAUUAGCUUUGGUAUUGGUAACGCUGUCGAAACUUUUGAUAUCCACAGUAACACUUGGUCAACACAGGUCUUUCAAACCAAUCAAAUUACAGCCAUGGCAGAGAGUCCCGAAGGAGUAUUAAUCGUGGGCGAUAAUGCUGGUGUUCUUCAUCUAUCAUCGGACGAUAGUAUAUCUUUGAAUAAAGGGACCAUUGAAAGGAUCACCUUUAUCAAUCAAAAUCAGGUAGUGGUUAGACAAUAUAAUUAUUUUAAAAAUAUUACAAACUAUAGUAAUAAUACAAACUAUAAUAUUUAUAAUACCAACUAUAAUAAUAAUAAUAAUAAUAAUACAAACUAUAAUAAUAUUACAAACUAUAAUAAUAUUACAAACUAUAAUAAUAAUAAUACCAACUAUAUUAAUAAUAUUAAUACAAACUAUAAUAAUAAUAAUAUUUAUAAUACAAACUAUAAUAAUAAUAAUAUCAUGAAUAACAAUAAUAAUGUAAAUGAUCAUCAUUAUAAUAAUAACUAUAACGUACAAAAUAACUAUAGUAGUAUUUCAUUGGUUUCUCUAAAAGAUAAGAACACAGAGCGGUUGGGAAUUGACACAGAGUUCUUUUGUUUAAGUAAUGGCAAUAUUAUAUUGCAUGAUGCUAAAUCGAAAAAAUUGAAAACAACCCAAUCUAACAUCUGUUUGGAGAAUAAUAUAGAUAGGGUUGAAUAUGCCCAUGACUCAUCUUUAUUUGUAUUGGAAAAAGAUCAAAUAUAUAUGUUGGGUCCCAACCCUGGAGAAAGAAUACCUUGUGGACAAAAUACCCAAUAUUGGACAAAUUUAAAAUAUACAAACGACAAUAGAAUUGUGUAUCGAGAUGGUGAUUCAAUGAAGAUAUCUGAUCGAGGAGAUAUCUUGUUCAACUUUAACUUUGGGGUUGGUCAUUCGAUCGGUUCUACGACAAUUCUUUCAGAUGGUUCAAUAAUCUAUCCAAUCGGUAAUCGCCUUCAACACAUCCAAUCCAAUCAUGAUACGAUACAAAGUACCCAAGAUCAUUUCAGAAUUGGUCUUUUAGAAGAAUUUGCUGACGGUCUGGUUAUUGGUUUUUAUCAAGGCGGCGUUGUUAUUCUCGAGCCAGUCAUUAAAGCUCUCGAUCAAUGGAAUAGUUUCAAGAUUGAGCAACUGGGUUUGAAACUCAAACAUGACUUUACCCAACUCAACUUGUACCACGAGCUCGCCGUUAUUGUUUCAGAUCCCUACAAGACAUAUAUAAACGGGAUGGAAUCAGCAAUGAAACUAAACAACAUUUAUCAAGCUCGAAGAUUCUAUGAAAAGGCUAAACGUUGUACAAGUGGCCUACUAAAGAUAGAAACAGCCAUUAGAUUCUACGAGUAUUUAAAAAGUACUCCAUAUAAACAUCAACGUCGAGUUGUUGCAUUGGAACUAUUCAAACAAACAGGCAACAAAAAAUAUAUGAAAGAAUUUAACCGAAAUUACAAAUCAAGAUUAAUCAUUGGCGAAGGGAAUUUCUCAUACACCAAAUCACUGUUGGAUGAACACUCACAAUUGGAAGGAUUGGGGAAAUCAAUCAUUGCAACAGAAUUACAAAACAAUAAUAACCCUAAUUAUCCCAUUGAACAGUUACAGAAAAAGGGUGUCAAGAUUUUAUUUGGAAUCAAUGCUAAAGAAAUUGACCAACUUUUUAAAGGUCAAAGAUUCAAGAGAAUCCACUGGAACUGUCCAUUUCGUGGAUCAGGUGAAGCAGGAUUUGAGCAAGUCAUUCCCAAUUUCUUUCAAUCUGCUUCACAAUUACAAAUACCUGGAGAUAGAAUUCACAUCUCUCUCGAGCAACCCACUUCAAACGGUAACACCUACUAUCAAACAAGACAAGGAGAGAAUCCUAUUGUCAAAGGAUCGAUUAUGGCAAACUAUAAACUAAUUAGAAAAAGAAGAUUUGGUGAGAGAUAUCCCAACUAUAAACACAAAAUGACUUCUGCAGAUAAACCCUACAUCCACGAUACUACAGUUAUAAGAGAGUUUGUCUUUGAAAAGGUUGUCAGUCUACCCUCAAUCCAAGAUCGAGGCAAAGUUAAAAAUUACAAGAUUGAAGGUGCAUCGAUAGACGAAAACAAUAAGGAAAAUUAUGAUAAUGCAUACUUUUCUUGUAGUUCUGAUGAUGACUCUUCAGAUUACUGUGAUAGUGACUAA